AUGAUUUAUGCGGACUUCAAUCUAGAAAAGAGCGGAAUCACCGUGCGCAUUUUCCUGAUGUUAGAAAGAGAGCGCAAUUUCCUGUACAAAAUUUGAAAAAAGAGUGCGCAUUUUCCUUACGUGCGCACGAGAAAAGAGUGCGCACAGCGCGCACUUUCCAGCAUGCCGUUGCGUCGCGUGUGUCUAGUUCAACUGGGGCAAAUGUGUGACGUCACACAUCGAUCGAGAAUUUCCGUAAUCUAAGUUUAGAUAAAUAUGGACUUGAUCCAUGUUGGUAUUAUACUAGUCCUGGAUUAUCUUGGGAUGCUAUGUUAAAAUAUACUAAAGUUAGACUAGAUACUAUUAAUGAUACAGAAAAGUUUUUCAUGAUUGAAGAUGGAAUAAGAGGUGGAAUAGUUAAUGCUAUUAAAAGAUAUACAAAAGCAAAUAAUAAAUACACGUCAAAGUUCAAUCCUGAGGAAAUAUCUAACUUCCUUUUAUAUCUAGAUGCUAAUAAUCUAUAUGGUUGGGCUAUGAAACAAUUAUUACCUCAUAGCAACUUUGUUUUUGAGAAACAAAUCCAACUUAGUAUUUUGAAUAUUUCUAUGAAUGAAGUAAGCAAAUCACAAAUUCGGAAAUACAUAGAAAAUCUUAAUAGUCAAGGAAAAGGGUGUAUUCUAGAAGUGGACUUGGAAUAUCCAAAUGAGUUGCAUCAUAAGCAUAAUGAGUUUCCACUUUGUCCUGAAAUCAGAGACUUUGGUAAUGGAAUCAAAAAGUUGUGUAAUACUUUAGAGGAUAAAACAAAUUAUGUUAUUCAUUAUCAAAACCUGCUACAAGCUCUAGAUCUUGGAAUGAAAUUGAAGAAAGUCAAGAGAAUUCUGACAUUUGAUGAGAGUAAUUGGCUUGCUUCUUAUAUAAUAUAAGAAGCAAGCCAAUUAUAAGUUAUAUUGAUUUGAAUACUGACCUUAGGAAAAAAGCUAAAAAUGAUUUUGAAAAGGAUUUCUUCAAACUUAUGAAUAAUAGUGUAUUUGGUAAGAAAAUGGAGAAUGUUCGCAAUAGAGUUGAUGAUAAAUUAAUAUUCUCUGGUGAAAAUGAAUCGAUGAAGAAUGGAGAAACUCAUUACAUUUCGAAGAAGGAUAGAAUAGCAAAGUUUGCUAAGUUGCCUAACUUCAAUAGGAAUAUAAUAAUAAACAAAGAAUUGAAUCUUGUUGAAAUGGCAACAACUAAAAUAGUAAUGAAUAAACCAAUUUAUGUUGGAUUUGCUAUCUUAGAGCCUAGUUAGUAAAUGGUUGAUGUUUGAUUUUCAUUAUAUUCCAAAUACUACGAAACGAUCACAUAGCUUAUAGCUGUUUGCCCUUAUGGUCUGAACUUUAAAUUCGGCGUAUACGUGAUCUAUCAGAUCGCGUGAGCCGAUCUCACGAGCUUUGCGCAGUGAGACUCAUUCCCAGCUGUUCAAAGCUCUUCGGUCGACGCGACUGAUCAUCAGAUCGGUCGGGGUCCUGUCGGAGUCAGACAGGAUCCUGGUGAGAACCAGGAGAUCUCGUUCACCUGGUUCGAACCGAAAAUCGGAUCCAACAUGGAACCGAGGUCUGAGGCCCUGUGCUACAGAUCGGUCGGGGUUCUGUCGGAGUCAGACAGGAUCCUGGUGAGAACCAGGAGAUCUCGUUCACCUGGUUCGAACCAAAAAUCGGAUCCAACAUGGAACCGAGGUCUGAGGCCCUGUGAUACACAACCCACAGGGACCGCGCUUAAACCAACGGAGACUGAUAUCCGUAAAUUAAGCGAAAGUGGAUCCGUGAAGGAACCAAGGCCCGGGGUCUCACUGACAGUCAGAGUCACUACCCGGACCAGAGCAACAAGAAACUGUUGAUCCCAAAUAGGACCAAUCCUGGAACUCCGAAGUAA